GCCGCCUUUCGGUUUCUCUCUUUUCCAGGAAGGAAAACACCGGCGGGCACCGGGGCCGCGCCCCCCCGCCGCCCCCCACUUCCCUUCCCGCGCACUCCCGCGCCCUCUCCCUCUUCCCGCGCGCGCGCGCAUCUCCUCUCGCGCGGGGCCGCGAGCACGCGCAAGGCACACGCGCGGGGUGGGGGGGGCGCGGGCGGCCGCGCGCGCCCGCGGGGAGCGGCGGCAGCAGCAGCAGCGAGGAGCGGCCGCGGCCGGACCCCCCCGCGCCAGCCCGGCCGCGCCGCGCCCGCCCCCGGCCGCCACUUCCCCUUGAGGGGACGGGCCGGGUCGGGCCGCGCCGCCGCGCCGGGAGAGGAGCGGAAAGUGGGGAAAGCCCGAGAACUUCCCGUCUGCCCGCCCGCGCCUGCCCCGUCGGGCUCCGCCGAGUCCCUGCAGAGAGAUGUCCGAGACUCCUGCUCAGUGUUGCAUCAAGCAGGAAAGAAUUUCGUACACACCUCCAGCGAGCCCGGUACCAAAUUACACUUCGUCACCACUACAUGUCCCAGUGCCUCAAGCCAUCAGGAUGGAGGAGGACACCGUCAGACUGCCAGCACACCUGCGUCUGCAGCCGGUUUACUGGAGCAGGGAGGAUGUGGCGCAGUGGCUCCGCUGGGCAGAGAAGGAGUUUUCCUUGAGGCCCAUUGAGAGCAACACCUUCGAGAUGAACGGCAAAGCCCUGCUGCUCCUGACCAAAGAGGACUUUCGAUACAGGUCCCCUCAUUCAGGUGAUGUUUUGUAUGAGCUCCUUCAGCAUAUCCUGAAGCAAAGGAAAGCUCGUAUGCUCUUCACACCCUUCUUCCACCCUGGGAACUCUAUCCAUGCUCAGCCAGAGGUCAUAUUGCACCAGAAUCAUGAUGAAGAUAGCUUUGUGCAGAGACCUUCGAGGCCCUCUGCAGAAGCAGUCCACCACAACCCCCCAACCAUUGAACUGUUGCAUCGCUCGCGGUCACCCAUCACCAACAACCACCGUCCAUCGCCAGACCCCGACCAGCGGCCGCUGAAGUCCCCCAUGGACAGCACCCUCCGUCACCUGUCCCCGGCCGACAGGAUGCCAGGGACAAGGCACCAGCAUGAGAACAGCCAGCAGGAGCCCUAUCCUCUCUCAGUGUCCCCAGUAGAAAACAACCACUGCCCGCCUCAUUCCGAGGUGCUCCAGAAGCCCUCCAGCCCGCGCCAGGAGAACACCAGGGUCAUCCAGCUGAUGCCCAGCCCUAUCAUGCAUCCUUUGAUACUGAACCCCAGGCACUCCGAUUUCAAACCACCGAGGUUGUCUGACGAUGGGCUGCACAGGGACAUCAAGCCCAUCAACCUGUCCCACCGAGAAGAGUUAGCUUAUAUGAACCACAUCAUGGUGUCUGUCUCCCCUCCCGAGGACCACGCGAUGCCGAUCGGCAGGAUAGCAGACUGUAGGUUGCUUUGGGAUUAUGUUUAUCAGCUGCUUUCUGACAGCCGGUACGAAAAUUUCAUCCGAUGGGAAGAUAAGGAAUCCAAAAUAUUUCGGAUAGUGGAUCCCAAUGGGCUGGCCCGUCUGUGGGGAAACCACAAGAACAGAACAAAUAUGACUUAUGAGAAAAUGUCCAGAGCCCUACGCCACUACUACAAACUAAAUAUUAUCCGGAAGGAGCCAGGACAAAGGCUUUUGUUCAGGUUCAUGAAGACCCCAGACGAGAUCAUGAGUGGCCGGACAGACCGCCUCGAGCACCUUGAAUCCCAGGAACUGGAUGAACAAAUAUACCAAGAAGAUGAGUGCUGAAGGAAACAGGUGCAGCACCUCUGUGGGUCCAGGGGAGAAACAUCUGCCUGACGGUCGGCACGGUUUGGGAGGGGAAGCAACAACACAGGAGCAGUACUUGAGGUCGCUGCUUAGCUUGAAGACCACGCAGGACCUGAAGCACCUUAACAAAACAAACUAACUGGCAGAAGUGGUGCUGGCAGGAAAGCAAAGGGGAGAAAGCCUGGACUUAUGCACUACUUCACUGUUCCUACAAAGUCUCCCUUGAGUUUUUUCUUUCUUUUUGGUUUGUUUCAGUUUUGGGGGUUUUUUUGUCAUUUUUUUCCCUAAUAAACAUGCAGUUUGACUUUCCUUAUCUCA